UAUUCAUGAGGCUCCGGGGAGGGGAGGCGGGAAGGCGGCUCCUCUCUCUCUCCCUAAUGGCGCUCGCGACAGCUGUGGAGCGCGGCUGAGCCGAACGCGCGGAGACAGCGACCGACGGAAUGUUCCCAAUUGCUACAUAAUCCGCCUCUGGAGCGCGGCGCCUCUCUCCGUUCUGUUUCCCCGCCCCCCUCCUCCUCCGGGCUCCGAGCGGCGCUGCCCCGGGGGGGAGGCGGCAUCCCCAGCCCCCGGGCAAUGGAGCCCGCGCAGCAGCAGCGAGCGAGAGAAGCCCCGGCGGCGGCGCGGAGCAGCAGCAGCAGCGUGGGGCAGCAGGGCAGCUCCCCGGGCGAGAGGACCCCGGGUACGCCGAGCACCGAGAGGAGCGUGGAGCAGCCGGGCGGCGCCGAGGCCGGGCAGCGAGAAGGCAAAGCAGCCGGGGGGCCGCGGAGGAGGCGAGGGGCCGCUGGAGGCUUCACUCCCCACGCUGCGCUGGUGGCCAACGGGACUCACGCUGCUCCCGGCCGGGGCAGCAGCGCCAACUCCCUGCUGCUGAGGAGGGGGAGGCUGAAGAGGAAUCUUUCUGCUGCCGCCGCCGCCUCCUCCUCUUCCCCGGCUGCCCCUGCCUCGCUUGGCACCCGCAGCCUGGACAGGAAAGCGCUGCUGCUGAAGCCGCCCCGGCAGCUGCAGCCGCUGCAGCCUCCGGAGCGGGACUGGGUGCGGCGGGACCUGCAGCGGGGCUGCGUCCAUGUCUACGAGCGCCACAUGUCCUACCUUCGCCCGGUGCUCUGCACGCUGGAGACCACGGCGGCCGAGGUGGCGGCCCGGCUGCUGCAGCUGGGCCACAGGGGGGGCGCCGGUGUGGUCCGGGUGCUGGGUAGGGCGAGCUCGCAGCCCCAGCAGGAGGCGGCAGCAUUCCCGGGGGAGACACUCUCCGGUGCCGCGGCUGUAGCAGACCUGGGCAGCCUGACACCGCCUGACCCCCCGCCUGCAAGGCAGCAGCGGCCGGAGCACGAUGAGAGGCCGAGAAGCCGCCGGGGGACCCGGCAUGAGUUGGCCCGGCAAGCGCCGGCGGACAACGGGGAGGCGGCCCGACCCGGCCGCCUGGCACUGAGUGGCAGCGCCGGGGAGAGUAGCUGGGCAGGUCCCCGGCCGAGUCCCUCGUCCUCCGACUUCAGUCCCCGGGCGCCGCCGCCCGCCGAGCUCUACCUGGCUGGGCCGCCGCUAUCCUGCCCCUCCCUCCUGGGCGAGCUGGGGCUGGCGGGCUCCGACACCGAGAGCUUCAGCCUCAGCCCCAGCGCGGAGAGCGUCUCCGAUCGCCUGGACCCCUACAGCAGCGGCGGCGGCGGCUCGUCGUCCUCCGAGGAGCUGGAGGUGGAUUCUGCUGCGCCAGCGGGGGAGGGGGCAGGUGUGGGGCCGGGCAGGAGCCAUCACCGGCCGGGCGAUUUCCUCUCGAUGCACCCCCUUCCGCGAACAGGGCGUGCGGGAGAAGAGCCCCCCGGGGCAGGGGUGGCUGCGGCAGCCCCUGCCGGCUCCAAAGUGUCUCACUUGGGAGGAGAGGCGGGCGCCUCGUCUCCCCUGCCCCCGGCCUUGUACGUGCAGUUCCACGGGGAGAUCAGCCGCCGGCUGGAGGCACACGAGAAACCCCUGCAGAUCCAGAACGACUACCUCUCCCAGCUGGGCUUCCGGGACCUGUGGAGGGUGCAGGAGGAGGGCAUGGACUCCGAGACCGGCUGCCUCAUCCGCUUCUAUGCAGGAAAGCCCCACAGCACUGGCAACUCUGAACGAAUUCAGCUCUCAGGAAUGUACAAUGUACGAAAAGGGAAAAUGCAUUUGCCAGUCAACAGAUGGACAAGACGCCAAGUUAUCCUUUGUGGGACGUGCCUAAUCGUAUCAUCAGUGAAAGAAAGCCAAAUUGGAAAGAUGCAUGUUCUCCCUCUAAUUGGUGGAAAAGUGGAAGAAGUGAAAAAGCACCAGCACUGUUUAGCAUUUAGUUCCUCUGGACCUCAGAGCCAGACCUAUUACAUUUGUUUUGAUACCUUCACGGAGUAUUUACGGUGGCUUCGACAAGCAUCCAAGGUUGCAUCCCAGCGCAUAAGCUCAGUGGAUCUCUCAUGCUGCAGUCUGGAGCAUCUGCCUGCCAACCUCUUCUACAGCCAGGACCUCACUCAUCUCAAUUUAAAACAGAACUUCCUGAGGCUAAACCCCAGCCUGUCAACAACUAGAGGGCUUAGUGAACUACAGAGGUUCACAAAGUUGAAGAGCCUUAACCUUUCCAAUAAUCAUUUAGGAGACUUCCCGUUGGCAGUUUGCAGUAUUCCAACCCUGACUGAACUCAAUGUGUCCUGUAAUGCCCUCAGAAGUGUUCCAGCAGCUGUAGGCGAUAUGCACAAUUUGCAGACGUUUUUGCUGGAUGGUAACUUUCUCCAGUCCCUUCCUGCUGAAUUGGAGAGUAUACAUCAGCUCAACUAUCUGAGUCUUUCCUUCAAUGAAUUCACUGACAUUCCAGGGGUACUAGAGAAGCUGACUGCCAUGGAUAAACUUUGUAUGUCUGGAAACUGUAUGGAGACCCUCAACCUACAGACUUUAAGAAGAAUGCCUCAUAUCAAACAUGUGGAUCUAAGAUUGAAUGUAAUUAGGAGGCUGGUGCCAGAUGAAGUAGACUUCCUGCAUCAUGUGACACAAUUAGACCUACGAGACAAUAAACUCUGCGAACUAGAUGCAACAGUUUUCAACAACAUUGAAGUGCUGCACUGUGAACGAAACCAGCUGGUGACCCUCAAAAUCAGUGGAUAUUUUCUCAAAGCUCUUUAUGCCUUUUCAAAUGAACUUGUUCAUCUUGAUGUGUAUCCAGUCCCAAAUCAUCUGACAUCUAUGGAUAUUUCUAGAAACCACCUGGAAAGCCUGCCUGAGUGGGUAUGUGACAGCAGAAAACUAGAAGUGUUGGAUGUUGGCCACAAUCAACUAUGUGAACUGCCUGCCCGGUUGUUUUGCAGUAGCAGUUUGCGUAAGCUGCUGGCAGGACAUAACCAAUUAGGAAGACUACCAGAGAGGUUUGAACGAACGCAACUAGAAGUCCUGGAUGUGCAACACAACCAGCUCCUUGAGCUCCCAUCGAAUCUUCUUCUGAAAGCAGACAGCUUGAGAAACUUGAACGCCUCUGCCAACAAACUAGAAACACUUCCUCCGGCCACCCUUUCUGAAGAGACCAACAGCAUCUUACAGGAACUUUAUUUGACCAAUAACAACCUCACAGAUAAAUGUGUGCCCUUGUUAACGGGCCAUCCACAUCUGAAGAUCCUGCAUAUGGCCUACAAUCGGUUACAGAGCUUUCCUGCGAGUAAAAUGGCCAAGCUUGAGGAAUUGGAAGAAAUUGAUAUUAGUGGGAACAAAUUGAAAGCCAUUCCAACAACCAUUAUGAACUGUAGACGUAUGCAUACUGUGAUUGCUCACUCCAACUGCAUUGAAGUCUUCCCAGAAGUCAUGCAACUUGUUGAAAUAAAGUGUGUGGACCUGAGCUGCAAUGAACUGAGUGAAAUCACAUUACCUGAAAACCUGCCUCCAAAACUACAGGAACUGGACCUGACCGGAAACCCCAGACUAGUCCUGGAUCACAAAACCCUAGAGUUGCUGAACAACAUUCGUUGUUUCAAGAUUGACCAACCGUCAGCUGGUGAUGCUUCAGGAGCCCCAGCAGUGUGGAGUCAUGGUUAUACUGAAGCUUCGGGAGUUAAGAACAAACUGUGUGUGGCGGCUCUUUCAGCCAAUAAUUUCUGUGACAACAGGGAGGCUCUGUAUGGAGUCUUUGAUGGUGAUCGCAACGUGGAAGUGCCCUACCUUCUGCAGUGUACAAUGAGUGAUAUCUUGGCAGAAGAGCUACAAAAAACAAAGAGUGAAGAGGAAUACAUGAUCAACACUUUCAUCGUUAUGCAGAGGAAACUUGGAACUGCUGGACAAAAACUUGGAGGCUCUGCUGUCCUUUGCCAUAUAAAACACGAUCCCACGGACCCAGGUGGAUGCUUCACAUUAACCUCAGCAAAUGUGGGGAAGUGCCAAGCUGUUCUCUGUAGGAAUGGAAAACCUUUGCCUUUGUCCAGGUCUUAUGUGAUGAGUUGUGAAGAAGAGCUAAAGAGGAUUAAACAGCACAAGGCCAUUAUCACAGAGGAUGGUAAAGUAAAUGGCGUGACAGAUUCCACAAGAAUCUUGGGAUACACCUUCCUUCACCCAAACGUAGUGCCCCGCCCUCAUGUCCAGUCCAUUACCUUGACUCCGCAGGAUGAGUUCUUCAUUCUGGGUAGCAAGGGAUUGUGGGACAGCCUCUCCAUCGAGGAGGUGGUGGAAGCGGUCAGAAAUGUCCCUGAACCACUGGCGGCUGCAAAGAAGCUUUGCACUUUGGCCCAGAGCUACGGCUACAACGACAGCAUCAGUGCGGUGGUGGUUCAGCUCAAUGUGACGGAGGACAGCUUUUGCUGCUGUGAACUUAAUGGAGUCCCACCUCCCAGCCCAGGCAUCUUUCCCCAGUCAGUCAACGUAGUCAUUAAAGACAGACCUACGGAUGCUUUGGGAAUGCCAUCUUCCAGCAGCGGCAUGGCCUCUGAGAUUAGCAGCGAGAUCUCCACCUCUGAAAUGAGCAGCGAGGUGGGGUCCACAGCCUCUGAUGAGCCCCCUCAGGUAGCCAUGAAUGAGAACAGCCCAGCAUACCCCAAUGAACAGCGCUGCAUGCUUCACCCAGUCUGCCUGUCCAAUUCUUUCCAAAGGCAGUUGUCCAGCGCCACCUUCUCGAGCGCCUUCUCUGACAAUGGCCUUGACAGUGAUGACGAGGAGCCAAUUGAGGGUGUCUUUACCAAUGGCAGCCAGGUGGAAGUGGAGGUGGACAUCCACUGCAGCCGAGCAAAGGAGAAGCAGUUGCUCCAAGUGCCUGUGGAAGCCAGCGACGAAGGCAUUGUCAUUAGCGCGAAUGAGGAUGAAACGGGCCUUUCCAGGAAAGCAGAUUACUCCAGCACUGGUACAAUUGGGCGCCGACGGGGCAAUGGUUCUGUGGCUCCUCAGGAAAGGAGCCAUAACUUGAUUGAAGUAGCAACUGAUGCACCUCUCAGAAAAACUGGGGGCUACUUUGCAGCCCCAGCUCAGCCAGAUCCAGAUGACCAAUUCAUCAUCCCACCAGAGCUUGAAGAAGAGGUCAAGGAGAUUAUGAAACAACACCAGGAACAACAACAGCAGCAGCAGCAGCGGCAGUAUCAGAUGGAUCAGCUGCCAGACUAUUACGAUACACCACUAUGACCCUGUCUGCAUACUGUUCAGAAAUAAACUAACGAACAAGAAGACAUGAGUGCAGGACCCAAAUAGGGCUCACAUUACUGCAGGGGUUUUACUACAUUUUGUUUUCCUUACCCUGCCACUACAGAUAACUGCAGCUUCUCUUUCUGUUUGUUAGUUUUAAUAUCAACUGACAUUGUUCUAGAGAUGAUUUACCAAUAAGAUUUAAACUAGUUAACUUUCCCCUUAACAUAUCAAGUGUAAAAAAUAAAAGGUUUAAUAUAUUUCAGAGAGACAUGAUGAUGUAAUUUUUUUUUAAAUGGCUCAUUUUUUUGUUUGUUUGGAAAGCAGGGCAGUAUGCCAGUGCUAAAUGAUUAAGUAAUAUUGUAAUACUGUAUUUCUUUGAGAAAGAAAAAGGCUUUUUUGGUCUUGAAAAUGACAGACAUUUGUAGAAUAUGGAGACUAACUCCUAGGAGUUGCUUUACUCUUUCAGAUGACUUAAGUCACUGAGAUUCACUAAUUUUCUCUGAGAGAACAGUUGAUUGGGAAAUUACUGUAAAUAGAUCUGUGUUGUAUAGUGAUGCUUAAAAUGUUUUGUAGUUUUGGCAUAAGGACACAACCUGAACUGACUUUUGUUUUCUUGACUCUUUGGGCCAUGGUUUCAUACUGAGUGGCUGUAUAAAUUCUUAAACCAUAGAAAACAGCCUUUUUUUUUUCUGGUCUCUGUUUUUCUUCCUUUUACUUUUACAGGCACAUUUUAUUUGUGUUCCUUAUUGCUGCCACAACCAGCAUGAUUGUAUAGAGCUCCUUUACUGUAGAUCAUUUACAUACCAAGAGUUAUAUUAAAGCAGAAUGCACAAAUGAACAUGUCAUAACUUUUGUUAUAAUAAAUACAAAAUUUUCAAAUAA